CACCGACGGGGCUGAGCUCUGCUGCUGCUGCUGCCCAGAGAAGGCUGACCGGGCGCCGCUUGCCUUCGCGCUCUUCCUCUCCGCCGCUCCUUCGGGCUCCAUGGACGCCUCUGCGCUGGUUCCGCGGGGCGCCGGGCUCUCCUCCUGGGCGGCUCUCGGGCUCCUGGCGCUCCUGAUCCACUUGGCCUCCCCGGCGGCACCAGAGAAGGACGUGCCAAGCAGACCUUUACGAUUCCGCGCCAGAUCAUCACCCUCAUCUCCUGACAGAUCACCUCUUCGGUGGAGAUUACCUCAAUAUUCAGGGUCAAGGAUCCCCGGCAGAUAUCCAGGUUACCUCUCCCGAUAUGGGGAAAGCAGCAGAAAGAUGAGCUAUAAACCACUACCAAAAGAAAGAAGCCAUGACAUUAAAAAACCAGCAGAGGAUGAAUUGGAGGAGGUAAAGGAUGUCACUGUGCGUGUUAUGUCAUCCCAGUCAGUGCUGGUUACAUGGACAGAUCCUGUCUAUGAGAAACAGAGGAGAGCUGCCACCCCCAGACAGUACGCUGUCCGUUACAGAGAGAAAGGAGAAUCAGCAAGAUGGGAUUACAAGCAAAUACAUAACAGACGGGUGUUGGUGGACAAACUAAUUCCAGAUACCAUGUAUGAAUUUGCAGUGCAAAUUUCACAGGGGGAAACAGAAGGCAAGUGGAGUGCCUCAGUUUACCAGAGAACCCCAGAAUCUGCUCCCACGAAUGCACCAGAAAAUCUGAAUGUUUGGCCAAUAAAAGGUGAAACUCCUUCAGUUGCUGCUACUUGGGAUGCUCUUUCAGAAAGUGAAGGAAAGGUGAAAGAAUACAUUCUCUCAUACGCCCCCGCUCUCAAGCCCUUUGGAGCAAAGUCCAUUUCCUACCCGGGAGACACCACAUCUGCCCUUGUGGAUGGCCUGCAACCCGGAGAGCGCUAUAUUUUCAAAAUCCGCGCAGCAAACAGGAGGGGGCAAGGCCCUCAGUCGAAAGCCUUCAGUGUUGUUUUGCCAACAGAUGGAGCAAAGGUUGAUCAGCAAACAAAUAUUGAAGAAGAUUCAGAACCAAGAACAUCUGGGAAUACUGUGGCAUCAUCCUCUUUUCAGACUUCUUCCUCAUCUGAAACUCUCUCACCAGGCUCUUCUUCUAAGGAUACUUCUGGCCAUCCAUCCAGUUUUCCUGGUAGCAGAGACUCAAAAGUUUCCAUUUCUGAUCUAAAAAACAAAAUCUUAGCUGGUAAUCGAGCCCUUACAAAAUCCCAGCCAUCUUCUGGAAAGGGAGCAGCAGUGAAAACUGAUGCACGCUCCUCAAAAGGCACUGCUGACCAUGAUUCUGUCCAAGAAACAUCAACAGUGCAUCCAAGAAUUCAGGAUAUGAAGAGUGGUGUUAAGUCCCAUUCCCCUUUGAAACCAUCACAGACUAUCAGUUCCUUAGAGAAAAUUCCUCUUAGGUCACGUACACCAGUAAGGACAGGGAAGACAACUAAGUCAUCCUCCUCAUCCCCUCAAUCAUCAUCGUCAUCUUCCAUUCCUAAAUAUACAGAAAAUGAAACAAAAAAUAUAGGACAGAACAGAUCUAAUGUUCCUUCUUCAUCUGAAGCCACCUUAGAUAGUCUGCCUGUUGAUAAUGAAAGUAAUGAUCGAGUUGACAGUGCAGAGGAAAAGGCAGUUGUGAUCCCUAAAACUCCUGGAAAUAGUCAUUUACGUUCAAAUCAUCAGCCUUCUGCAUCUCGGAAGGUAGUUCAUAGUAGGCCCACCAAAUUGAACACCAAUUCCAAUCAUCCUUCCUAUCAACUGGUUCCUUCUGAUACUACUGAAACUCUUGAGAUUUAUAAAAACAUAGAGACAGAAAAAAGAGAGCAAAAGCCAGGAUCAAAGCCUGUUUCUCCUCAGGGUGGUUCUUCUACAUCUGUGAAUACAAAGCCUUUGUCCCAUUCCAGUCGUCAAAGAGAUCCAAGAAUAGCCACCUCGGCUGUUUCUGCUGCUGUUACCCAUACUUUACCACAUUCAUAUGGCUCCUCUUCUGCUAAACGUAAGCCCAAUGGAAGAUAUGAUUCUAAUGAUAAUGAUCGUGACAAUAGUGAAAGAGAUGAAGAUGAAGAGAACCGCCGAGGUUCAUCAUUUUCUAGACCCAUCACUAGGACUUCUUCAAGCCAGGCAGUAUCUGAACGCUUUGAUCUGUCUAAAUAUAGAUCGGCUCAUACUAUAAAUAGAUUUGCAAACCAAGCAAGUAAUACCAGGACACAAUCCUCAAAAGAUGUCUCCACAACACAGUCUUCAAAGGUUCACCCUCAGUCCAAUUCUCAGUUAACAUCUGGAAGGACUAAUUCCAAUAUUGAUAAAGAACUGGAAACUGAAGAUGAAAAACCUCUUCCAUCAACCUUGCCCCAUGGCCAUUCACCAUCAUUUUCUAAACCUUCAGUGGACUAUUCCAGAAAGAAGGUUCCUCUGGUUGAAUCUGGGAACCAUCACAGGAUUGUGACUGCUGACAAUUCUAGUCCUAUUCCUACACAGGAAGAAACUUAUAGUGAAGGAAAGGAAGCCACAGAUAGAGAUUCUUCACAUAAAAACUCAGGUGGACUAUCUUUAGUACCUGGCCAAUCUGCUUCACUGAGCAGGCAUCGUUCUACUGUUUCUCACCAGUUAACAAAUGGUCAGAGUUCAAGGUCCAGAGGAGCAUCACGAUUUACUGAAUCCGUUUCUAGGACCUCUGUGGAGAGGUCAUCCCCACUUCGUACUCCUGCUUCCAAGUAUCAAUCCAAUGACCUAGAGAGCAAAGAUAAAUCUCCACAAGCAAAACUGUCUUCACCAUUAUCUAAAGCAACAUUAACGGGAGGUUCUCAUGCAUUGUCCCGUAAAACACUCCAACCAGAAAACAGCCAUUCCUCAAAAACAUUAACUGAUCAAUCACAAUCUCAGUACUCCAGAAGCCAUCCUGCAUUAACAUCUCUCCAAAGUCAAGAAAAAAUAGAAGAUGAUGGAAAUUCUGAAGAAAAGUAUUACAAAGAAACAAUAAAUAAGAAGGAACAGGAAAAUCCUCAUUCAGUUGCUACCAAAGAAGUUUUUCCAUCUAGGAGAACAUCUACAAUUUUGUCUCAGGGAAGUACCAGUGCCCUUUCAAAGCAUUCUGAUUCUCAUAUGAGUAAAUCUGGUGAAAGAUCUUCAUCUCAGCGUGAAUCCUCACCUUCUUCCAAAAGGUUAAGCUUGUCACCUGGAAAACCUUCUGGGUCAAAGAUUAUUUCUUCUAGUGAAGACAUAUCUGAUGUUUAUAAACUGCAUGCAUCUUCUCAUCAAUCAAAAUAUAGUCAGCCUUCACCUGCCUCCUCAAAAGACACAAUCAGGGACCAUACAUACAACAGAGAAAGAUCUCCCUUAUCAAAAGUCUCCUCAGCUUCUCAAAAGGAAAUCCAUCCUUCCAUGCACCAUUAUCCAUCCAGGUCAAAAGUCCCUACUAGGACAGAAUCCCAGACAGACAAAAAAUAUGGACUCAUUGAGCCAACCUCUACAAAAAUUGAACUUUCUCCAAAAGAAUCUUCCUCUAAAACACAACAGUCACUUUCAAGCAACAAUAACGAAGAUGACUCUGAUCAGUCAGAAACAGAGGAAAACCCCACAUCAUCAUCUUCAGCAGCAAGGUGGCGAUCUUCCUCAGUUUCAAGAGGCAGUAAAAACUUGAAUAAUUUUGCCAAUGGUAAAAGUAAAUCACCAAGUCCUGUGUCAACUCACAAAACAAAAUUUGCUAAUAAGGAGGAAUAUGAGGAAGAGGAAGUAAAAGAGGAUGAGGAAAAUCCUAUUUCCAAAACAUCGAAUGUUGCACCUUUGGACAGAAUUCCUUUCUUAACUUCCAGGGCUUCCCAGACUUCUAAAAAACCACAUGCUCUGCCACACUCCUCCAGAUCUACUUCUGUAUUUUCUCAUAUUCAUCCCACUCAUUCUGCUUCUCCAACACAUUCUUCAGUUUCUGCCUCAGCAUCCUCCAAUCAACCAAUACAGAACUCAAGAUUAUCUAACCCUUCUCAACGACAACAACUUAGAUUUCCUCACAGACAAGGAAAUGGUGGUCGGCCGAAUCUAACAACAAAGCAAGAUCUAAAUAAUAAAAUAACUCCUGGUAAUAAUGGAAAGCGAAAUGGACAGAAGAUAAUAAAUGGUCCACAAGGAAUAAAGUGGGUCGUAGAUCUUGACCGAGGGCUGGUGUUGAAUAUAGAAGGAAGGUACCUCCAAGAUUCACAAGGAAAGCCCCUCAGAGUAAAAUUAGGAGGAGAUGGCCGUACUAUUGUUGAUUCUAAAGGAGCUCCAAUAGUAAGUCCUGAAGGUUUGCCGUUGUUUGGACAUGGAAGAUUUAGCAAGCCAGUAGCCAAUGCACAAGACAAACCAAUCAUAAGUCUUGGUGGGAAGCCAUUGAUAGGCCUUGAAAUGGUGAAAAGAACAACUCCCCCAAUAACGACUACUACAACUACCACUACUACUGCCCCUACUACUACCACUCCUGAACCAACAACUACUGAACCACCAACAGAGAAACCAUUGCCUACCUGUCCCCCAGGCACCUAUCCAGAGUAUAAUGACGUGGGGGAUCUUGUAUUAGGCCAUGAUGAUCUUCCUCAGUGCAAUAUUGAAGAUACAUUCUCAGGGCUUGAUGCUGAUGUAACUGGGACUACAGAAUCUUAUGUCGUGUAUGAUGAAGACUAUGAGUUUUUUGAAACGACCUUGCCUCCCUCUACCACCAUCAUUGCAACUACAACAGAAGCCCUGCCCGAAACCAUCUUCCCAGAGUUCAGUGUCACAGGCACAGAUCCUCUCUCAGAAUAUGAUGCUGCUGGAAGGAAACGGUUUACUGCUCCUUAUGUGACUUACCUAAACAAAGACCCGGGAGCUCCUUGCUCAUUGACAGAGGCACUGGAUCAUUUCCAAGUAGAGAGCCUUGAUGAAAUCAUACCCAAUGACCUAAAAAACACAGAGAUGCGUCCUCAGAAGGCCCCUCACAAUAUUACCAUAGUAGCUGUUGAAGGCUGCCAUUCCUUUGUGAUUCUUGACUGGGCUAAACCUAUGCAUGGAGACAUGGUCACAGGAUAUUUGGUUUACAGUGCAUCAUAUGAUGACUUCAUCAGAAACAAAUGGUCAACCAAGUCUUCAGGAAACACAAAUUUACCUAUUGAGAACCUGAAGCCAAAUACAAGGUAUUACUUCAGAGUUCAAGCAAAGAAUCCAUUUGGUUUUGGACCUGUAAGCUCAUCUAUUUCCUAUGUCACAGAAUCAGAUAAUCCUCUACUUAUUGUCAGACCACCGGGUGGCGAACCAAUCUGGAUCCCAUUCUCUUUCAAAUAUGAUCCCACAUACUCUGAAUGCAGUGGCAAGCAAUAUGUGAAACGGACAUGGUAUCGGAAGUUUGUAGGUGUUGUUCUUUGUAAUUCACUGCGAUACAAGAUUUAUCUCAGUGAUGACCUAAGAGAUACAUUUUACAGCAUUGGAGAUAGCUGGGGAAGAGGUGAAGAUCACUGUCAGUUUGUGGAUUCGCACCUGGAUGGAAGAACAGGGCCACAGUCAUAUGUGGAAGCCUUGCCUCCUAUUCAAGGUUAUUAUCGUCAGUAUCGACAAGAGCCUGUAUCAUUUGGACGCAUUGGAUACAUGACACCUUAUUACUAUGUGGGCUGGUAUGAGUGUGGUGUACCCAUUCCAGGAAAAUGGUAACCGAGUUGCAGACUUUCUGCAGUUCUAAGCACAGUGCACCCAACAGUGCCUUUUGAAUGGCCAUUGCUGGAGGACGCUGGGCAGCUGGUACAAAAGAGUAAAAGAAGACCGCAGCAUGAAAAAAAGAAACCAGAGAAGACUCAAUAGACAUUGAUGAAACUCCAUACUGUAUAGGUUUUAGUCAACUUAAGUCUAUGGUGCUCCUUGGUUCCUCUUGAUGCAGAGCACAUACAGGAUUUAGUCUGGGUGCGCUGUCCUCUUUCCCUUGCCUUUAAAAGGCAUGGAGAUGCAAUCGCAAUAUGUACUCUGUGAAACCUAACAUAUUUGGCUAGACACAAAAAAGGAGGGGGGGAUGGUGAUAUAUUUAGCAAAGAACGACUUAAGCAUGCUUUGCUUGCAUUAUGGAAUGCUAACCACUUUCCACUGCUAUUAAUGGAAUUUUGUGUUGCCUUCAACUGCCUUCUGCUCCAGAAUAUUGCUAUGCACUCAUGUUGUGUUAAUGACAUGACCAUGAAAACCUGUCUGCGUUAUUCAACACUUCUCCUGUGUGUUGCUGGAUCAAAAUUCUGGGUCACAAUGUAAAUUGAACUUUGCAAAACCAAGAAUAACCAGUACUGUAUGCUUGCAGAGGUAUUUCUUAGAACUGAGGUUUUCUUAUUGAUUUAGAUAAAUAUGUCUAUAGGAUGAUGUUUUUAUGUAAAAGGUGCUACUAAUUAACAAGUCUAAAAAUAUUCUGUGAAAAAUAUACUAUGCACAAUACAUUAACCAUGUAAAGAACCAGGCUUCCCUUUUUGUGAGUUGAACUGUAAUGAUGUUGAUAUUUGUAUAAAAUAGAAGAAUUCAGUAGCAGGCUCCUGGGAAGUGAUUUUUCAACCAUGGUGAAUUGUUUGGCACACACAGAUCAAUGUGAUGAUUAUUCCAAUGCAAAUGUCAAGCUAAUAGCCUCACAGUGUGUAAGUUAAAGCCAUGACAGCUAUUUCUUAGAACAUUAAGAGUCACAGAACAAAACACUCAUUUUUCCUGCUAAAAUAUAGUGAAACUUGGUACUCAUUGAAAUGUGGCUUAAGUCAUAAUACUGUAUAUACUUAUAUGACCUAAGACUGCACUGAACUUGGAAUUAAACUACAUGAAUGAUAUUGUUACUGCCUUUAAUAUGCAUAACUUUAAAUAUGACAGUAGAUUUCAUGAGGAGUAAAGGUGGGAUGCGAUAGAGGAUCAGGAUAGUCAUGUGUGUCGAAGAGCAAAUUUAACUCCUACUCCAUCAUGAUAGUCUCACAAAAUGCAACUCUGUCCCUGACACGGUUACUUGUUCAUAAGAAAAUGGUAAUUGAUGCUAAUGGGAAGAUUCCAGUCUCAAGGAUAUCAGAGAUAUAUCUUCUUCUGAUCAUGGUUGGGUACACAGAUUAAACUUCUACUUCUUUGAUGAAUUGGUCCCAGUUCUAAAAGGUACACAUGAAAUGAAGUCAUACUCUUAAUAUCAAGGCUAGUCUCUCCAAGUUCAAGCAUAUUCAUUAGAAUAUGGAAUAAACUCUAGCUCACAGUUCAA